AAUCAUGCUUUGUUGCAUUGUGGGUAGUUCAGAACAAAGAGUGGUACAGUUUAUCUGGGCUAUAUGUCUGGAUGGUUUUCUAAGCAAGCAACAUUUCAUAGUGAUUCUAUCAUAGUUUGAUUAUAUCCAAAGCAUUUGCUUAAUUAAUAAUCAAAAUGAACAAUAACUAUCCCCAUAAUACAUAUUGGGCUCUUUCAAUUCCUGCCAAAAAAUAUAAUUUGCUUUCAUAAUCAAUUUCUACAGAUAUCUCUAAUCCCCAUUUUAUUUUAUUUGUUUAAAUACACUUGUCUGUGUUGGUUUGUUCAUCCGUUCGUCUCGCUGUGUUCAUCAGUGAAUGACGCUCAUAUGGCGCCCCUAGUGGUUAACCAUGCACGACACUCAUGAGCGCUCUCCUCUUUUCCUCUGUCGUAUUCCAUCUGCUUGGGUGAGCGAGCUCCCGAGAGAGUGUCAUGGAAAGUCCACGACUCGAUAUAAAUGAGAGGCAACCGACGGGAAUAGUGUUGUGUUUCAAACAAGAUUACCUGAACUAUGGGACUCAUCACAUGGCAGAGAAAACUCAGACCUGUCCUGCAUUUGGGCUGGAUUAUGUUGUCAUUAAUCAAGACUAUUAAAUUGUAUUUUAGCUGACACCAUAAAAUAAUUAAGUAAUAUGCAAUCCCAAAAAUAUCUGAAUUAGACAGUAUACAACAUAAAGCCUGGAGAGAUGGUCCUUCCCGAUAAGAGCUCGGGGCCCAAAACGUUAUUCGGGAAACGGCCCCAGAGUCUCCCCUCCCCGGCCCUGUGCUGCGCCUGUGGCCUGUGCAUUAUGCUUGCGGGCAUCAACAUCACCCUAGUGGGGGCCUUUGCUUUCGAGUCCUUCAUCCCCACCAGCAACCCACCCAUCGUCAUUGGGCCCCUCCUCCUACUGGUGGCCCUGUCCUUUUUUGGAGCGUGCUGUGUGUGUGGGCGGCGGCCACCAACCCACAAUGCCGGCAAGGCCAAGGGGGACGAGAGCUGGGGUCGGACGCGGAUAGGGGCCGGUGUCACAUUUGAGAUGGAGACGAGCGAGCACACGCCGCAGGACACCACUGCUGUGCAGCUCAGUCCCACCAACUCUCAGAGCUCCUCCCACAAGUCUAGUAACUCCGCCCAUGGGGAUACCCCUGCAGUAGAGGCCUGUGAGGAUGGCCCCGCCCCCAGGGCCAGUGAUCUCACCAGCUCAGAGGCCUAUGAUAUAGAUGUGAGACCUGAUGACCAGCUCUUGACCUCUGAGGACCAGGUCUUGACCUCUGAGGACCAGCUCUUGACCUCUGAGGACCAGCUCUUGACCUCUGAGGACCAGCUCUUGACCUCUGAGGACCAGCUCUUGACCUCUGAGGACCAGGUCUUGACCUCCGAUGACCAGGUCUUGACCUCCGAGGACCAGGUCUUGACCUCUGAGGACCAGGCAUUGACUGCUGAUAUUGAAGAUAAGGGGAGCAUCCAGAUGACGGCACUAUACAAGCCUUGCCCAACGUAGCAUGGCUGUCUACUUGCUAUUACAUAAACUGGUACUAUAUAUCCUGUGUGACAAUGACCUGUGUGUCACUAUAUAUUGACUUGCCUAGUUAAAUAAAGGUUAAAUAUCCCUCUGGUACUAUAAACUGGUCCUAUAUACCCCUCUGGUACUACAAACUGGUACUUUAUACUUCUCUGUAGCCACUGGAGUCUCCGGCCAACCUGGAACUUUUCAGGCUCAUUGGCAGGAAUUAACUAGGCCAUCAUAAAAGUGAUGAACGUAAAAGGUGAUGUAAUGAAUGUUCAAAAUACAAAACAAAUCAAUAAGUGCUACUUUGCCUGUUUUUAAAUCACUGUUAUAGCAGGUAUUCAAAUGUAACCUCGUCCACAGGCAUAAUUGCUACCGCAUAUACGGAGCCGGAUGGAGGACGAGAUUAAUUCAUACGUGAACGAGGUGUUGACUAGAUUAUCUCAGAUAUUAUGAGAGCAAAUUCUGUCAGUCAGUCUCAACUUAUUGUAAGUUAAACACUGCAUCUCAAAUGGCACCCUAUUCCCUACAUAGUGCACUAUUUUUGACAAGGGCCCAUAGGGUUUUGGUUAAAAGGAGUGCACUAUAAAAGGAAAGAGGGAAUGCAAACAAUUUGAGAGAAGAUGAAGAAGAGGAGAACUAAGCCUCUGAUCUGGUGUAGAUUGGUCUCCCUGUCUGGCUGUCUGGCUGUCUGGCUGAGCUCAGUCAUCAAUGUUAGAAUAAAUACUGUUAAUCUUGUUGGGAUGACUCAGAUGGUUUACUCAGAUCUGGGGACUGUGGGAGGGAUGCGGGCUUCAUUUACAGCCAAACCGCCUUUAGUGAGGAUACAGCUCAUAUGAAGUACAGUUCAA